GCGGAGUUACGUGUUACGUUCGGGGGAAGUUGCUCAAUAUCGGAAAUGCACAAUGUUGCGGAGGGUGCGGGUGGCACACGUCCGUUCCGCCUUCCCGGGUAAAAACAACACGUCGUAACGGCGGCGUAAGCUGCGCGUCACGUCGGUGUAAACUGCCACCAAAGUUGAGGUCGAGUCCGCGUUCUUCCCUUCUGCCGAAAAAACAAAACAAAAAAUGAGCAACUCGGUGACUUCCGCCUCUUACAUCCGCAACCUCAGUUACAGUUUACGUCGCAGUUUGUCCGACUUUUUGGACCCUCAAGACAGGUGGAUAGAAGUUCUCACCUCGAUACGGAAGCCGAGUGGGGAGCCGAGGUACUCUCAGCUGCACGUGAGGAGGUUUGAGGGCCUCGCUGCUCAGGGUAAAAGCCCCACGGUGGAGCUGCUGGUGGACUGGGGCACCACUAACAGCACAGUGGGGGAACUGGUCUGCAUUCUGAGAAGUCACAAGUUGUUGGCUGCUGCUAGUCUGCUGAUGCCUGAGCAAGAGGCCGCCUCACCGGAGCCACGGGAUGCGCCUCCAGCUGUGGAACCACGGAGCGGCCUUUCGACCAGAAUACUGGAAGAGACAAAGCCGGGGGCCCCACCUGAAGUCCCCGUUCUGCCGCCACACGUUCCUCUGGAGAGCAGCGAGCCGAGCCACGCAGCAGGCUUCUCCAGCUUCCUGUACGACGAGCUGAUGGAGAUCACCGGCAACUUCGACGACCGCCCCAUAUCGGACGGCGGCAGCCGACUGGGCGAGGGGGGGUUUGGCACCGUGUACAAAGGGCUCCUUCGCGACAGACCCGUCGCGGUGAAAAAGCUCAAUCCGAUGGACGACGUCUCCCCGGACGAGCUGCAAGCGCAGUUCAACCAAGAGAUCCAGGCGCUGAGAGUGUUGAAACAUGAAAACCUGGUUGACAUGGUUGGGUUCUCCUGCGACGGGCAGCACCCGUGCUUGGUGUACGCGCUCAUGGUCAACGGCUCUCUGCUGGACCGACUGGCCUGCCUGGAAGGAAGUCCGCCGCUGUCGUGGCGACAGAGAUCGCUGGUCGCCGAGGGGACGGCGAGGGGUUUGGAGUAUCUGCACGGCAACCAUCAUGUUCACAGGGAUGUUAAAAGCGCAAAUAUCUUGUUGGACGAAAGACUCGCGGCGAAGAUCUCUGACUUCGGGCUGACGAGGGCGUCGGCCAAGCGCACGUCGACCACCGUGAUGACGGAGAGGAUUGUGGGUACCCGUGCGUACAUGGCUCCCGAGGCGCUCCGGGGAGAGAUCACCCCGAGGUCGGACGUCUUCAGCUUCGGAGUGGUGUUGUUGGAGAUAUUGUCUGGACAGCGGCCAGCCGACGAAGAGCGGGCGCCGCAGUUCUUGAUGGAAAUGAGGCAUGACAUAGACGAUGAGGACGAGGAGCUGACUUUGAAGGACUUCCUGGACAAAAAGAUGAGCGACUGGGAGCUGAGCCAGGCAGAGAGCGUCUACUCUCUGGCCGGCAGCUGCCUCCACGACAGGAAAAACCGACGGCCGGUCAUCAAACAGGUCGUGAUGGAACUUAAAGGAGUUGUCAAAAGCAUCUUACUGGGCUCUGAUGCACCAGAGUGAAGCACAGCGUCCCAAGACUUCAUAGUACCUUUUUAUUUUCACUGACCAAAAGUAUGUUUGCAUCAAUAUUGUACAAGCUAGGAUUUUUGUUUAAUGUUGUUUUUUUUUUACAUUGUGAAGCCCCAGUUUGAAAAUACUGAAUAAACUUAUUUAUUACCAAAGAAUAAAAUGAAUGAAGCAGAAAGUGUGAUUUAAAUAUUUUUAUUCUUUUAAAAGAAAGAUUUGUAAGAAAACAAAUAAGACUAAACAUGAUUUUUUUUUCUAUUAGAAUGAAACAAUGUGAAUAUGGAGGUUGAUGUUCCUUUCGAACAUGAGGUGAGCUUAGUAGUUUUCCUAAUAUUAAAUCAGACAUGGCGACAUUUUGAUUAAGGUACCUUUAGUAUUCCCUUUUCCUAUCCACUUGUUUGGGAACCAGCUGAGUAAUGUCAUAUUUUUGGAAGCCCGUUCUUCCUCACAGGCAAACGGAACAGACCUGUUUCUUAAUCAUCACACAGCUACAGUAUGUACAUAUACAGCACUUGCAUAGAAAAAUAAGUUUCCU